AUGGAAAAACAUCCUAUGCCGAUUCGGCCUACCAAACGCCAUCAUAACGAACAACGGCAAGCAAUUCGACAGCUCACGGUAGAAGCUAUCAACAAGAUCAUCAAGAAAACACUGAAGAAGAAGCUGGGAGCCGCCAAGGGCAAUUGGCCUGCCAUACUAUCGGAAGCACUAUGGGCCAUCAAUACCUCCUACCACAGGUCAAUUGGCGAGACACCGUUCUCCCUAGCCUUCGGUACCGAAGCUGUCGUACCGGUGGAAGUACAUGCGCCCACAUGCCGAACGGCAUCUUACUACCCUCAGCAAAAUGAACAACAACUCGCCCUCAACCUGGAUCUCAUUGACGAACACCGAUCGCAAGCACAGCUCCGGAACGCCACUUACAAACAACGAAUGGGUUGGUAUUAUGACUCGCGCGUAAAACACCGAUCGUUCAAAGUGGGGGACUGGGUUCUGCGUAAAGUGUCUCCCGCAAUGAGAAAUCCUACUGAAGGCACUCUAGGCCCCUCGUGGGAAGGACCCUAUGAAAUUGUCAACAUCUGCCGACUCGGCACCUACCGAUUGCGUGGCUCUGAUGGUCGAACCCUCUGCCACCCUUGGAAUGUUGAACAUUUAAAAUUAUAUUAUAAGUGA